AUGAAACAAUCACGUUUUGCAAUUGCAAUACUUACGAUUUCCCUAACAUUCCUACUUUUCUACGUCGAAUGCUUCUAUAUUAUUUUCGAUUUAAUUGGCGACGACAUCUUACUUUAUAGUUACUUCAUGAUAUUUGUGUCUAUACUUUUUAUCAAUGUGCUCUAUAAUCUUAUAUUCACAAUAACUACUGACCCAUCAAUUGCCCAGUUAAUGAUCGCCCAAAAAUGUGGUCCUGACUGGACUUACUGCAUACGCUGUGAGUCAGUUCGACCACCUAGAGCCCAUCAUUGCCAUCAAUGUGACGUCUGUGUUAUUCGUUUUGAUCACCACUGUACUUUUCUGGCACAGUGUAUCGGUUUAGCGAAUAUGAAGUACUUUAUGCGUUUACUUAUUCAAGUCUCUAUAUGCUGUUUCAUUGCGACAGGAUUUAAUAUCCCCUACGUUUUCCGUUAUGUCUACUCUGAUUGGUAUACUUGGCAAACUCUACUUUCUAUCCUGAAUCCUGCUCCUUUCGCCUUGAUAGGUUGGUUGUCUUGGCGUCAGUUUUUCCUUUGUCUUAUUACAUCUCUUUGCGCUCUUUUUGGUCCUGCAUCAGCUAUUUUCUUCAUUUAUCACCUUCGUCAGGUCUUACUAAAUCAAACUAGUGUAGAAGUACUGAUUGCUAAAUCUAAAAAUCCCUCCCAAAUUCGCUAUCAUAAUGCAGAUUUGCGACCAAUGAACUUUGAUCUUGGAUGGAGGUGUAAUUUAGAGCAGGUGAUGGGAGAUAAGUGGCUUGUCGGUUUCUUUCUUCCCUUCGUCACUUCUCAGCUGACGACUGACGGACUCAGUUAUCCCCUUGCUGCCAAUUAA